GUUGUGUCCGUUGUGUUUAUUUUGGUUUAUCCAUUGUACUGUUGGUAUAGUGAAUAUGUGUUCAUGUAGUUGUGGUGUUCUAGCUCAUAGGUAGCCGGUGGUUUUUAAGACAGUUGUGUCAUGUCGUGCGGUGCUCCCAGUGCUGUGUCGCUUCAGCCUGCUACAUAACGUCACGGCUCCGGCAUCUACUUCCGUACAGUCGCUGCUGGCAUGGAUAAGAUCAGCCCGCUGUACACACCCAAUGAAGACAGGGCGAAUACCUUGUGUUACGGUACACCGCCUUGCUGCCGAAUUCGGGGUAUGCUUUCGCCCAUGAGCAUCCAAAAUACGGAACGCUGUGACAGUCGAUGGCGAAGUGGUAGGUGCGGAAAGCACGAGUGACAUAUUCGAAGUGUCACUGUUGUGCCACAGUACGUGACUAUGGACAAAUUGACAGUGAUCUCUGGCACAUUGUUUUUCCUUGCCAACAUAUUUGCCAUCCUGAGUCUUGUGCUUCCCGACUGGAUCGUCUCCGACGUUGGUGGUGACACACGGCUUGGACUACUACAGACAUGCACCACACUGCAGGGUCGGCCAACCACCUGCUUUCCUCCACGUCUGCAGCCGGAGUGGCUGCUGGCUCUUGUUUGCAUUGUGCUGGGCUGUGUGUGCAUCACAGCCACCACAGUGCUACUUGGAUUGUCACGCUGGAAUGGCCGUGUUGUUCCAUAUGCACGAUGGAUGGGUUUCUCUGCUAUGCUUCUGUUCUGCCUGGCCGCUGUAAUCUUCCCGGUGGGCUUCAGCAUGGAUGAAAUCGGGGGCGAACCAUACCAGCUGCCAAGCAGCCACCAAGUGGGCCUCUCCUACAUAUUCUUUGUGCUCGCACUCUGGAUCACAGUCAUCUCCGAGCUCUUUGCUGGCAAGGUCUGCAUGCCCCAUUUCUGAGCAGACAAGCUCUGGGACUUCAGAUUGCAUCAGCAAUAGCAGUGUGAUCUCCACCACUGCUGUGUUUGCUCCAUUACAUUCUUAAAAUUGUACAGAAGAAAAUAAAAACAUAAUUAAAAGUUGCAGCAA